AUGGUAUCUUAAUCAUUUUUGUAAUUCUUGUUAGCCUAUAUAUAUGUGGAACAAUUAAGAGGUUUAUUACUUAUCAAUAUCAAUAGGUUUUUCAUUAUCACCUGAAGAAAUUAAAUAACCUUAGAUCAUUAACUUAUAUUCUGUGUCUACCAGUCCAUUUUUGGAGUUAGAAAAUUUAUAUGGCUCUAGAUAAGGAGGGACAAGCUUAUACUUGAAGGUAAUGAUAUUUGUAUCUUUAGGCUAUAGGCUUUGAUUCUAUAAUCACUAAUAACUUGAUAUUUGUAGACGAAUAUACUUGUAUCAUAGAUGAAACCUAUGUUAAAGAAUAAGAAUUGUCAUGUAAAACUACUGCACCGUAAGAAAAUGAAUAUUUACUAAAAAAUCUACUUGUGACUGUAUAGGCAUCUGAUAAUAAGAAAUCAGUAUGUACUUCUUAAAAAAAUAAAUGCCUUUUUUCAUAUAUAAAAGAAAAAUCUCCAUAUCUACAUUACAUAAUCCCAUCAAUUGGAUUUGCAAAUUCUGUCUUGUCUACUAAAGGAGAAUGGACAUUGAUAGGUGAAGAGCAUAAUGAAAUUGAGAAAAUUCUUAUUGGACAGAAAUCAUGUGUAAAAAAUCAAUACAGAUUAUUGAAUACCCAAAUAUAUAAGGAUGAAGAUGUAAUAUCCUGUCAAUUGCCUGAAGACCUAAUUUCAUCAAAUUCUUAAGUUAAUGUAGGUACAAGAAGAGGAUACAUCUUAUCUUAAAAAAGUUUUAAGUAAAAAUAAUGUUUUAUAAAAAGAAUGCUUCCAUUAAUAUCUUCUUUAUAAUGGUCAUACGAAAUAAAUGAGUCAUUUAUAUUAAAUAUAAAUGGAUAUGGAUUUAAGAGUGGUUUGACUGAUAAUAUUGUGAAGAUUUCAGGAACUGAUGUUUCAAUAACAGUGUUAGAAGUAUCCACAAAUUAAUUAAAAGUAAAUAAAGUAAAUUAUUUAAGGUCUAAAUACCAAAAAUAACAGAUUAAAUAAUAUUAGAUUAAUUGUAUGGGAGUGACUCAGUAUUCAUUUCUGGAAGUGGAUUAUUUUAUACUAAAUAUGAUUUUAGAGGAUUAACAAAUUAAUAUACUAAUUGUGAUGUUUUUAGAAAUGACAUUUUAUCAGAUUCUUUAGACUUAAAAGCUAGAAUAAUUAAAAAUGGUGUUUAUUCAUAACCAGAUUAUAUUGAUGAAGUUGAAUCUUAAUAUGGAUAAUAUUUUAGAGGUUUUUUUAAAGCAACUUAAACUGGAGAAUAUUAAUUCUUAUUAGCAGCUGAUGACUAUGCUACAUUUUAUAUUCAAACUACUGAAACACUCAAACUAAUUCAUGCUGAUUCUCCAGCUGCUUCAUCAUCAUAAUCUACUUAAUAUAGAAAUUAUUAUGGUGAAUAACUUUGGGAUAAUUAAAAAGUUGUUAAUUCAAUUUCAUAAAUAAUCAAUUUAGAACAGAAUAAAUAUUAUUAUAUUGAAAUUUUUCAUAUUAAUACUGUAGGCAAAGGAUUCCUAACUCUAUCUAUGAAUGCCAACAUUAAUGAGUUGUAAGCACCAAACACAAGAUAAAGUUAAUUAUUUUAAGUAAAAACAUCCUACACACCUUAAAAUGAAAUCUAAGAAAUUAAUAUCUAUAAUUCCUAAGAAAAUUUAUUAUUGUUAGAUACUUUUAAAUUAAAAUUUAAGGACUCUAACCAUGAAUAAUUAUCAUUUAUUACUUAAGAUAUAACUCUUAACUUUAAUAGUGAUUAAAUUUAAAAAGCUCUUUUAGAUUGUUGUAAUUAUUUGACAUAAGUAAAAAUAAAUAAAUUAGAUUAUUCUGGAUUAGUUUUAGAUGAUACUUCUGAAUCAUAUGCUGGUCAUUAAUAUAUAAUAACAUAUCUUUCUCAUAGAGGAUAGAUAGAAGAUCGUUAUCUCCCUGAAUUAAUUUCAAUAUAGGAAUAAUAUAUUGUUAAUGUUCGCACUAUUCAAGAACCUUUAGAUCCUAUUUCUGGAUCUUUCAAAUUAUCAUUAUUUAAUCAAUUCACCCUAUUUGUAGAUUAAAAUAACAACUAAGAAUUAUCCUUUGAUGUUGAUCCUAGUAUUUUGGCUGAUAAUUUUUAUAGAUUAAUAGGUGAAAAGCCAAUUGUUUGGACUGAGGGAAGACCAAAGGAUGGAUAGAUCUGGAAUAUAUUAUUUACCUCUUGUUCAAAUACUAUACAAAAUUUCAAAUAUGAAUAAAAUAAUUUAUAAUCUGGAAAUGGAAAUGUUAAUUUGGAAGUCUUAAAUCUAAAAACUUGUAAUCCUUAUUUGUAUGAACCUAUACCAGCACUUAAACUAUUCACAUAUGGUACUAAACCCUAAGUUUAAGUGUCUACAUCUGAAGGAUUAGGAGCUUGUGAAUAAGAGGGUGUUUGUGAUUUUAGUUUUGAGUAGACAAAAUUAUUCAUUUUGUAAUCAUAUAGUGUAAGCAAUGAAUUUAUGGUUCUGAGUUUUUCUAUUCUAUCAUAAGAGCAAUUUACUUUGGUAGCUAAUGAUUUUACUAUUGAUUUUAGAGGUGCUGUUUGUAUAGAUAUUAAGAUUGUAUCAAAUGAUCCAAAUUUAUUUAAAUUAAUUUGUACUCUUGAGACUCAGAAUACUGAAGUAAUAGCAGAGGCUGGUACUAAUUAAUAUCCCAUAAUCUUUAACAAACUUUAUGGAUACAUCAAAAGAGAUCCAAGCCUAAUUGCUGCUUAAACAUUACUAGAAUUCAAUUCUAUUGUUCCUAACUCUGCCUCUCCUGAUGGAGGAGCUGAAAUAACUAUAUUAGGGUNUCAUCAUAAUCUACUUAAUAUAGAAAUUAUUAUGGUGAAUAACUUUGGGAUAAUUAAAAAGUUGUUAAUUCAAUUUCAUAAAUAAUCAAUUUAGAACAGAAUAAAUAUUAUUAUAUUGAAAUUUUUCAUAUUAAUACUGUAGGCAAAGGAUUCCUAACUCUAUCUAUGAAUGCCAACAUUAAUGAGUUGUAAGCACCAAACACAAGAUAAAGUUAAUUAUUUUAAGUAAAAACAUCCUACACACCUUAAAAUGAAAUCUAAGAAAUUAAUAUCUAUAAUUCCUAAGAAAAUUUAUUAUUGUUAGAUACUUUUAAAUUAAAAUUUAAGGACUCUAACCAUGAAUAAUUAUCAUUUAUUACUUAAGAUAUAACUCUUAACUUUAAUAGUGAUUAAAUUUAAAAAGCUCUUUUAGAUUGUUGUAAUUAUUUGACAUAAGUAAAAAUAAAUAAAUUAGAUUAUUCUGGAUUAGUUUUAGAUGAUACUUCUGAAUCAUAUGCUGGUCAUUAAUAUAUAAUAACAUAUCUUUCUCAUAGAGGAUAGAUAGAAGAUCGUUAUCUCCCUGAAUUAAUUUCAAUAUAGGAAUAAUUUAUUGUUAAUGUUCGCACUAUUCAAGAACCUUUAGAUCCUAUUUCUGGAUCUUUCAAAUUAUCAUUAUUUAAUCAAUUCACCCUAUUUGUAGAUUAAAAUAACAACUAAGAAUUAUCCUUUGAUGUUGAUCCUAGUAUUUUGGCUGAUAAUUUUUAUAGAUUAAUAGGUGAAAAACCAAUAGUUUGGACUGAGGGAAGACCAAAGGAUGGAUAGAUCUGGAAUAUAUUAUUUACCUCAUGUACAAAAACUAUACAAAAUUUCAAAUCUGAAUAAAAUAAUUUAUAAUCUGGAAAUGGAAAUGUUAAUUUGGAAGUCUUAAAUCUAAAAACUUGUAAUCUUCAAUUGUAUGAACCUAUACCAGCACUUAAACUAUUCACAUAUGGUACUAAACCCUAAGUUUAAGUGUCUACAUAUGAAGGAUUAGGAGCUUGUGAAUAAGAGGGUGUUUGUGAUUUUAGUUUUGAGUAGACAAAAUUAUUCAUUUUGUAAUCAUAUAGUGUAAGCAAUGAAUUUAUGGUUCUGAGUUUUUCUAUUCUAUCAUAAGAGCAAUUUACUUUGGUAGCUAAUGAUUUUACUAUUGAUUUUAGAGGUGCUGUCUGUAUAGAUAUUAAGAUUGUAUCAAAUGAUCCAAAUUUAUUUAAAUUAAUUUGUACUCUUGAGACUCAUAACACUGAAGUAAUAGCAGAGGCUGGUACUAAUUAAUAUCCCAUAAUCUUUAACAAACUUUAUGGAUACAUAAAAAGAGAUCCAAGCCUAAUUGCUGCUUAAACAUUACUAGAAUUCAAUUCUAUUGUUCCUAACUCUGCCUCUCCUGAUGGAGGAGCUGAAAUAACUAUAUUAGGGUUUGGAUUUCCUAAAGAUUUAUCUAGAAAAUUUGUACUAAAAAUGGGAAACACUUAGAUUAACCCUUUAACAAUAAGUAAUAAAAAGAUUGUAUUUAUACAUCCAUCUGGAACUGAUGGUACUAUAACAAUUUAAUUUAAUGGUAAUACUUUUAGUGAUAAUUCAUUUACUUAUGAUCCAGCCUAUAAAUUAACUAUAACAAAGUUAAGUUCUAAUAUAAUAUCCCCUUUUUUCAGGGAUACUUUAUAAGUAACAGGAACUAAUUUUGGUACAGUAUUAUAGGAUAUCAAAGCAUUUAUUUAGAAUAAAGAAAUUUAAGUAGUCGAUGUACAAGAUAAGUUGUUGACAGUGAAAGUCAAUGUUUCAUUAGAUACAUCUUUAUCUAAAAUAAUAAUUAAAAGAAAAUAAUAUGGAUAAAUAUUAACAUCAAUUUCAGUUGAAUUAAACAUAAACUUUAAUCCAAAUUCAUACGAAAUUAGAAGUAUAGGUGGUUCUUCUAUCUAUCUUUCUGGAUCUAAUUUUCUGAAUGGUCCUAGUGUCAUUGCAUCUAAUUCUGUUUACCCUUAGAUUUUUGAGAUAAGUCAGAGGAAUGCCACAAAUAUAGAUUGUAGUGGCCCACCUGAAAUAUUGGAUGUAUAAUUUGGAGUAUUUCAUCUUAUUUAGAACUUUAAAUAUGUAGGAACUUGUGCUAAUUGCAAAUUUUAAUAUCAAAAAGAUCCAUUUAUUUCUAAUUUUUUUGUUGGUGAGAAUUAAGUUGUCUAUAUAAGGCAUAAACCAAAGUACUUAAUGCUAUGGUCCGAAGAGGCAAAGCUAUAAUAAACCAAUCCUUUAUUAUUUUACAAAUAAUCUCAAUAUAUUGAUCCACUAUUAUCAUAUAGUUAAAUUUGGAAUAAUGAAAUAAUGAAUUUUACCCCAGGACAAGUUCUAAAAUUAUAAUUUUACUAUUAAAAACUCCCAAUAACAACGGCUGGUAUAUUAUUUGCUACUACAAAACUAUCCUUCACUUAAAAUGAUAAAACUAACUAUUCUAUCAAUACUUCAACAAUUAAUUAUUCCGUCUAUGUUACCGUUCCAGAAUUAACCUAAGGAAUACAUUUAACGUAAGCAAUGUAAUUGUACGCUGCUACUUUUCUAUAUUGGUAUACAAGAUUUGGUUUGGAAAUCACAUCUGUAACUGAUGCAACAAUUAGUGGAGGUAAAAUAAUAAUUAAUGGGUAUGGUUUUAAUGAACUUUACUUAAAAAAUAUUUAAGUUGAAGAUAAAGAAUGUAAAGAAAUAAAAGUCAUAAGUUCAGUAGAAAUAUCAUGUUUUUUAAAAACAAAACUAAUAGCUGGUUAAAAUACACUUACACUAAAUUAAUUUGAUUAAGAAAACUAAGAUACAUUAUUAACCAGAACAUUUGCAAUCAAUAUAAAAGAAGAUACUAUAACUCCAUAAGUAAAUAAAAUAUUAGUUGAUGGAAUAGAUAAAUUUGAUGCUACUAGGAAUUCAAUAGUGUAUAAUCCUGGAACUUUUAAAUUGAAAAUUGAAGGAAUAAAUUUAUUAGGAUAAGAAGUAGUAGUAUAAUUAUUAACUAAUACAGAAAUAAUUAUUGGAAUAAAGACUUCAACAACCUAGACUUAAACAUUAAUUGAAUAUGAAUUUUCAAGCAUUCCAAUAGGAAUUUAUUUGAUAGAAAUAAGAGUUGGUAAUUAUUAUGCAUCUUUUGUAAAUAAAGAUUAUUCAAAUUUAAUUGUGGAGUAAUCUCAAGCACCAACAUUAAGUAAUCCUUUUAUUUCUAGAGAUGGAAUUAUUUUUAAUAUAAAUGGUAAUGGAUUUUCAUCUAAUCUUUUAUCUAAUCUAGUUUAAUUUUGUGAUUUACCAUGCAAAGUGAUGUCAUCUAGUUUUAAUAGUUUAGAAGUCUUAGCUCCUAUGUUAUUUACAUCAUAAUUAAUUUAAUCUAUACCAUAUUCCAAAAUUAAUCUUAAAGAGUUAAUUAUAUCAGGAGAUAGAAUGGAAUUAGUUUAGAAUAUAUAUGAUGAAACAAUAUCAACAGACUACUCAUCUGAUUCAUAAACUUAAUGUUUCAUAUAAUUUAAUCUUUAGAGAUAAUUUGCAUAUUUAAGACUUGCUAAGUUAAGAUUCUAACCAAAAUUAGGAUUUUAGUAUAACAAAUUAAAAACAAUUAAAAUUUAGUAUACUAUAGAUGGUUAAAAUUGGAUAUCAUUAGAAUAAUUAAAAUAUAUAAAUGAAGGUUGGAAUGUUUUAAUACCUGAAAUAUAAAUAGAUAAGAUUAAUUCAAUUAAAUUUAUAGAUGAUUAAGGUAUUGAAGGUUCUUAAUGUUCAUUUUCAGAAAUUGAAUUAUAUGGUUGGAUACAUUUUGAUGAAAAUAAUCUAAAGAAUUGUCAACUUGAUAUUAAUGUUAAUGGUUUUUAAUUUAAUAGUAUAUCUAAUGCCGAGACAUUCUCAUAUCAAUAUUAACCAAUAGUAGAAUCAGUUGUACCUAGAUAUGGAUCUGUGAAUACAGAAACUGAAAUAACUAUAAAGGGUAAUGGAUUUAUUAAAGAUUAAACUACUGUAACUAUAGAUAAUAUCUAAUGUGUUUUAGUUAGUGUAACUAUUACUGAAAUUACUUGUAAAACAGGAAUCAAAACUGUGUUGACAGAGAAUAGUGGAUUUGUUGUUUAAGUAUAAAAAGCUUAAGCUCUUAUUAAAUAAGAGUUUAUGUAUAUUUAAAAAUGGUCAGAUGUUUCAACUUGGGAAUUUGAAAUACCAUAAGAUGAAGAUUCUGUUCUGAUUAAUAAUUAUUAAAAAGUAUUAUUAGAUGUCAAUACAAUAAUUCUUGAUAGAUUUGUUAUUGAGGGAACAUUAAUAUUUGCUGAUGAAUAAGAUAUCAAUUUGAUUGCAAAUUCAAUUAUUAUAAGAGAAGGUUCUUUAAUUAUUGGAUCUCAAGAUUAACCUUAUUAACAUUAGGCUAUAAUUAUAUUACGUGGAGAAGAGACUGAUAUUUAAUUCCCAUUAAUAGGUAACAAAGUUAUAGGAUGUGUAAAGUGUUAAAUUCAAAUGUUUGGAAGAAAAAGAACUUCAACUUAUAGUUUACUAGAUUAAAAAGUAUUAAAAGGAGAAAGCAUCAUAAAAUUAAGUACAACUGUGGAUUGGAAUGUUGGUGAAUAGAUAGUAAUUGCAACUAGUAGUUCUAAUAUUGAAGAGAAUGAAAUUAGAAUUAUCAAAUUUAUUAGUACUGAUAAAAAAAGCAUUACUUUAGAUUAAUCACUUAUUUAUACCCAUUUAUCAGAGGGAUAAUACAAAACUGAAGUUGGUUUGUUAUCAAGAAACAUUUUGAUUUAAGCAGAAUAAUAAAAUGGUUAUGGUGUUCAUAUUCAUAUUAAUGGAAAAUAAAAUUAAGGAACAAUUGUAAAAAUAUCAAAUGUUGAAAUAAAAAAUGGUGGAUAAACUAAUAUAGUUGGAAGAUAUCCAAUACACUUUUACAAUAAUGAAGAAAUGGAUUAAUCACNAUCUAGUUUAAUUUUGUGA